AUGCUGAAUGGGAGAGGAGGGAUGCUGCGCAAUGCUGUGACUCCGUUCGGGAAGCUAUUCAAUCGGAACGCCGCAUGUCUUUGUUACGAUACAAAUGAAACAGCUCUCAAGGAUGCCUUCUCUCAACAUGGCGAUGUUAUUGCAGUGAAGGUGAUAUGCCAUCCGACAACGGGGAAGUCGAAAGGAUUUGGCUUCGUUACAUUUUCUUCAGAAGACGAAGCUACUGCAGCAGUGCAGAAGAUGAACGGUGAGGUGCUUCAUGGAAGGACCAUUCGGGUGCAGUACUCAGACAGUGGGCGAUCUGACACUACCGAUUUAGAUGCAUAAUUGCAUUUUCCUUGCCGCGUCUCCAGCAACACAUUUUUCAUCAAC